UGCUAUAUAAAUACCGGGAAGUCCUUCCGUGCGAACAGUUGCAGGAAAAGCGGGUUGGAAACGGGAUUGUCUGUUUUGACAUUGAUAGUUACUAUCUAGCUCAAAAUGAGGGAAAUUGUGCAUCUCCAAGCAGGACAAUGCGGCAAUCAGAUUGGAGCAAAGUUUUGGGAAGUGAUUAGUGACGAGCAUGGCAUUGACGCCACUGGCAGCUAUCAUGGUGACAGUGAUCUCCAACUGGAGAGGAUCAAUGUAUAUUACAAUGAAGCAUCAGGUGGCAAGUAUGUCCCUCGUGCUAUCCUCGUGGACCUGGAGCCUGGAACAAUGGACUCUGUUAGGUCUGGUCCUUUUGGGCAGAUAUUCAGACCCGAUAACUUUGUGUUUGGUCAGAGUGGUGCUGGGAACAACUGGGCAAAGGGCCAUUACACUGAGGGGGCAGAGCUCGUAGACUCGGUCCUGGAUGUGGUGAGGAAGGAGGCUGAGAGCUGUGACUGCCUGCAGGGCUUCCAGCUGACUCACUCCUUGGGUGGGGGCACAGGCUCUGGCAUGGGCACCCUGCUCAUCAGCAAGAUCCGCGAAGAGUACCCCGACCGCAUCAUGAACACGUUCAGCGUGGUGCCCUCCCCCAAAGUCUCGGACACCGUCGUCGAGCCGUACAACGCCACGCUCUCCGUGCACCAGCUGGUGGAGAACACGGACGAGACCUACUGCAUCGACAACGAGGCCCUUUACGACAUCUGCUUCCGCACGCUGAAGCUGACCACGCCCUCCUACGGCGACCUCAACCACCUGGUCUCCGCCACGAUGAGCGGCGUCACCACCUGCCUGCGUUUCCCCGGCCAGCUGAACGCCGACCUGCGCAAGCUGGCCGUCAACAUGGUGCCCUUCCCCCGCCUGCACUUCUUCAUGCCCGGCUUCGCCCCCCUCACCAGCAGGGGGAGCCAGCAGUACCGCUCCCUCACGGUGCCCGAGCUCACCCAGCAGAUGUUCGACGCCAAGAACAUGAUGGCCGCCUGCGACCCGCGUCACGGGCGCUACCUGACCGUGGCCGCCAUUUUCCGCGGACGGAUGUCCAUGAAGGAGGUGGACGAGCAGAUGCUGAACGUGCAGAACAAGAACAGCAGCUACUUCGUGGAGUGGAUCCCCAACAACGUCAAGACCGCCGUCUGUGACAUUCCCCCACGCGGCCUCAAGAUGGCCGCCACCUUCAUCGGAAACAGCACGGCCAUCCAGGAGCUGUUCAAGCGCAUCUCAGAGCAGUUCACCGCCAUGUUCAGGCGCAAGGCCUUCCUGCACUGGUACACCGGGGAGGGCAUGGAUGAGAUGGAGUUCACCGAGGCCGAGAGCAACAUGAACGACCUGGUGUCCGAGUACCAGCAGUACCAGGACGCCACCGCCGAGGAGGAAGGAGAGUUUGAGGAGGAGGAGGGCGACGAGGAGCAGGCCUAAACCCCUCUUGUGUGUGUAAAUUAUCUUCCAAGUUGUAAUAUUUCACUGUCAAUGCCAAAUUUUUUUUCAUGUCUGCUUUUGUCAUGUCUGUUUUCUGCUUUGUUUUCUGUUGAAAAACUGGCAACAUAAAAAAAUAAAUAACUGAAGCUGUAAAA